AGACGUUUUGUUGUUUGGAUGAGAAACAAUUUAAUCAGUUAAUCUAUUUUUAUAUAAACUAACUGGUUUGGUAUUUAAAUGUUUUGUUAUUUAGAUGAGAAACAGAUUGAAUUCCUGAAACUGAAGUUGCGUUCAGGAACAUGAACAUUCAGAGUCCAGACAGAAAAGCUGCUCAUAAUGAAAGUGAAAACCUGUUCUCCUUCCGUCCAGCAGAGGGCGCAGUGGCCUCCUGCAUGAAAACCUGUUGUCCUUCCGUCCAGCAGAGGGCGCAGUGGCCUCCUGCAUGAAAACCUGUUGUCCUUCCGUCCAGCAGAGGGCGCAGUGGCCUCCUGCAUGAAAACCUGUUGUCCUUCCGUCCAGCAGAGGGCGCAGUGGCCUCCUGCAUAUAAAGGCUGCCGAUCAGAGGGGGGCGUUUCUGUGGGGGCUUCAUGUGUCGAGCUCAUUUUCUGCUUCAGACUCAGAGACAGGAGCACAAAGGAGACGCUGCUGCUGCUGCGUCCAUCCAUCCGUCCAUCCAGCCGUCCAUCCAUCCAUCCGUUCAUCCAACCGUCCAUCCACUGUCCAGCAGGAUGGACGGCUGCCUUCAGCUCCUCUCAGUCGUGCUGCUGAUGUCAUCGUGGUGCGUUCAGGGCCUCCGGGUCAGCCUGUCGCCCAGGCGGCCUCUGCUCCGGCUCGGCUCCCACCAGCACAUGGUCUGCCAGGUCCACGACUGUCCCACAGAACCGAGCAUUACCUGGGCCACCGUCAACGACCGACCCCUGGGGGCGUCCAUCAGCGCCAACAGAACCCACUCCACUCUGACCUUUGACCCCGUUAAGAUAGAAGACGAAGGGCAGCUGACGUGUAAGGCCAGAUGUGGAGAUGGACGGGCGGAGAGCCGAGCCUCCGUCGGUGUUUACUCGUUCCCCUCGGACCCUGAGAUCGCCGGGCAGGACCGCCUCAGAGACCGCGUGGAGGCGACCCUCACCUGCCGGGUGCCCAACCUGUACCCCGCCGGGGACCUGAACCUCACCUGGGUCCGAGGAGACACGGUUCUGAAGAGCACCAGAGGGUCUGGGUCCAGCUCCGUCCGCUUCCUGCCCCUCAGGGAGGAUUCGGGAGGGAGCAUCACCUGCAGGGCGACGCUGGAGCUGCCGGGUCUGCCGUCGGACUACAGGACCAGAGAGACCACCACAACCCUGAAUGUCCGCUAUGCUCCAGGCCUCAUGAACAUCUCUGACCCGGUGGCGGUGAUGUCCGGCUCGCCGCUAACUCUCAGCUGUUCUGCUGAGGGAAACCCCGAGCCGACCAUCACCUGGACGGCAGGCGGUCGCCCUCUGCCCGGAGGUCGCGGAGGUCAGCUCAUCCUAUCGGCGGUGAAGCUUUCCGACGCCGGACGGUACGAGUGUGAAACCAGAAACUCAGAAGGAAACCAGACUGCAGAUGUAAACGUCACAGUUUUAGCUCCGCCCACCAGCACCUCCCUCUCAGUGGAUCCAGGUGAGGAGGUGGUGGAGGGCCAGCAGGUGAAUUUCACCUGCAGCUCUGAAGGAGCUCCGCCUCCCAGCCUGGUCCUGAGGAGAAAAGGGGAGGAACUUCUGAGGACUGACUCCACCCCCCUGCUCAGCUUCAGCCUUCCCUCCGUGUCCCUGGAAGACUCCGCCCACUACGAGUGUGAAGCCUCCAACCAGUAUGGCUCCCAGCAGGAGUCCAGGUCUAUCACUGUGAGCGCUCACCCGCUGCAGCUGUAUUCCAGUCCUCAGGUGUCAGCGGAGCGCGGCUCGGCUCUGAUCCUCACCUGUAACGCCUCUGGCUGCCUCCACCCGCCUGCCUUCAGCUGGAGGAGGACGGACCGGAACCGGACCCUCCUCCAGAGGACGGAGCCGCAGGAUGGCCAGUCCCACCUCCACCUGCUGAACCUUGACCUCCGGCAUCAGGGAGGCUACAGCUGUGAGGCCGAGUGCGACUCGGUCAUCAGGACCAGAGAGAUCCACGUCCAGGUCUACUGUGAGUCCGACCCGCAUGUUUCAGCCGGUGAUGAUGGGGGGAAUUUGGAGGAAGUCCUACUUAACUGUUUAAUGCACACUGGGGGGUAGAGCUGUCGCUAAAGGUCAUAGCACAAAUCAUAGACAUUAGUUCUGCUAAUGCUAAACUCGCUAUAGCAGCGUAAUAAUUAUUGGACGCGUGAAGCAUAAACACCAGUUCAGCUAAAGCGCCACAUCAACAUGGUAAUUAGUAGAAGCUAAUGCUAAAGCACUAAUUAGAAACACUAGUUCCGCUAACGCUAAGGCGUUAUGCCAACAUAGUAGCUAGUAGAAGCUAAUGCUAAACUGAAACCUCAUUCGGUCAAACUUUUGUAAAAUUACAGUUCAGUUUAGCUGGAAAAAUUAAAUCGGGGGAAGCUAGGCGCGCCAAUCGUUUUCAAAGUUAACUGAAGUGCUAAACAUAAAAUUAGCUUUGCUAUUAAUGCAUUAGCGCCACUGGUACCACAAUAUGAUGCUGCUACCGUUCUCAUCAUGACCUUUUCCUUCACACAUUUCUUUACACAAUAAAACUUUUCCAGAGGUUUUAUUUAGAGAAGCUUCCUUUUUCUGUCUGAUUAUUUAGUAAAGGUCUCUAGUGCCAGAAAAGUAACAAAUGUAAUCUCAUGUGCCCUUGAAGAUGAUGAUCAGUUGUUAUAAAAUAAAUGAUUAAAAGCCUAACUUAC